GAAGGAGCAGUCGAUGCACAGCGUGGUCGAGUGCACAGGAGGACGUUCAGUUUACACUCGUCGGUGCAACUGGCAGUUCGCACUUGAAAUUCAUCUCUCGGCUUUAAAUGCGUUAUUUCUAAAAUAAAAUUAACUCUAUAGAAACAUAAAGAAAGAAGUGUUUAGUGAAAAAGAGGUGUCUGGUUUCGAUGUGAUCAUUCAAAAAGAGUGAAUGAUGUAAUCAGAAAUAUAAUAAAUAUCAGAAUUAGUUAAAAGGUCAAUAAACAAUACAAGAAUCUCGAAAAGAAGCGAGUAAACAGACGAAUAAUAAAUAUCCUAAGCAAUAUAAACAUAAUAUAAAAAUCGGGGGAACUUCCAAACCGACUUCUGAGCCCCCCACGCAAUCCGAAGCUUCCAGCGACGCGACGCCAUGUAUGGGCGACGUAUGUCAACGAACUCAGCUGGGGAUUACCUGCCCAGCAGAAGUCCUCUGCGGGAACUGGAGGAUAUCUACGAUGACUUGGUUCUGGAAGUGAAAGGAGAGGACCCGGGGGAGGACAUGUUAGAGAAAGAGUCGAUCACUGCCGAGCAGAGGUCCAGAAAACACAGCGUAAUUAGCAACGCGUUUUCAGGUCGAUUGGCCAGAGACUUGAGUCUGCAGACGUUGAACACCCCCUAUGCGAAAAAAUGGAGAGUUCUCUUGGCCAUCCUGCUGGGUGUUACCCUGAUCGGCGUGUGCGUCCUAGGCUUCUACGUCAGCGUCGAGGCCAGGAAGGGGGACAGGGGAACGGAGGCGCCCCUCAACGCCUCGACAACAGCACCGGCAAUGGAGACGAACACCCUUCCGACCCGAACCUCCAAAUGGAGGAGCGAGCCUGGCGUUUGUGUGGCCCAGACGAACUACUCUUGUGAAUUACUCUACGAAAGGCCGCCGUUGGUGGUCAUAGCGCUGGACGGUCUCCGACCCGAUAUGCUGAACGCCCAAGUCGCUCCUGCGCUCACGCAUAUGAGAGACUGCGGCGUCUUCGCCGAAAGCCUCGUCCCUGUUUAUCCUACGAGGACGUUCCCUAAUAUGUAUUCUAUAGCAACGGGCCUGUAUCCAGAGAAGCACGGAAUCAUUGACAACUAUAUGUUCGACCCAGAGCUAAAUGAGACGUUCACGUUGAAGAAUCCGGGAUACAAAAGCCCCUUCUGGUGGAAAGGAGAGCCAGUGUGGAACACUGUCACCAAACAGGGUAAGAAAUCGGCUGCGUAUUUCUGGGUUGGGGCGGACGUCCUCAUCUCCGAGAGGCAUCCGACGCACUGGUACCCUUAUCAACACGGCCAGCCUAUGGGAGUCAGGACUAGGCAGAUCCUUGACUGGCUGAUAUUGCCUCCAGACGAGAUGCCUCAUUUGAUCAUGGUCUACUACGAGAAGACGAUGGACUCCAUAGCGGAGUACGGAGUGUUCAGCAAAGGGGCGGAAGAAGGCUUGAGCCAAGUUGACGAGAAGAUAGACGAAUUGAUGGAGGGUCUCGCCACUUUAAAUAUCGCCCACUGCAUCAAUUUCCUGGUCGUUUCUGACCACGGGGCUACCACGAUGAGUUGCUCCUCCUCCUUCUUCGUCGAGAGUCUCAUGAGGGACAUCGAAUCCAAGGCCCACUUAGUCACAGGUCCCGUCGGCCGGGCUAGACCCAAAAAUUCGGCUGGAGGUACCAAAGAAGAUAUUCUACAGACCAUGCAAUGUAAGAGUCCUGAAGUCAGAGUUCUUUCCAAGGAACUCCUGCCCAAAAGGUACCACUAUACUCAGAGUCCUAGAAUAGAUGACAUUAUCUUAGAUACAAAAACGGGAACAAGACUUAUUACCAAUCAUUCAAAUUACUGCAAGUAUGGCGAGCAGGGAUUCAAUAAUGUUGAUCCGGCAAUGCAGGCUGUCUUCAUGGGAAUGGGGCCUGACCUGAAGACGAACUAUAAGACUCACAGCUUUAGAAACGUCGAACUGUAUAACUUGAUGUGUCACUUACUGCAAAUUAUUCCUGCUCCAAAUAGUGGUACCAAAGGAACCUUAGACCACCUGUUGCGCCACCCUCCGCCACAGGCGCCGUUAGACAGCCUGAAGAAUUUGCUGCAGGAGGAGACGCACCAGUUGCCGAAGAGACCAGUACCACCAAAGGAGCUCAAAGAUGGCAUCCCGACAGAAUCGGAUUUAGAGCGGGUUUGUGUUUGUGAUGCUGAAGAUCCACCUGAGGUAGAAGAGCCACCGCCAACGACAACUACCACGACUACCACGACCCCUGCCCCAGAUACCACCACAGAGGAGCUAGUCACGGAGAGUGCUGCGCCUAUUCCCAACAACAGCACCAGCAACGACACUGAUGUAGAAGUCGACGAGAACGCCAGUAACACAACCGCCAACGCGAAUUCAACCACAACUACUACCACUACCACCACAACAACCACAACUACAACGACUACCACAACUACAACCACGACACCGGCUCCAACGACUACAACUCUCAGUCCCGAAGAGAUAAAAGUUCGGACGUCAUUGCUGCUUAAUUACCACACGCCUUGGGCAACGCCUGGAUAUGCGUCUAUGAGGGAUAUCACUGGUAGACUACAGGUCCUUCCUCACACGAAUUACAUCAUAGGGCUCCACGAAUCCAUAAACCUGGGAUUAUGGGUCAGCUUCACCACGAACAAUGAGACACUUUCUCUCGUUGAGGAAGAAAAUAAUCCCGUCCUUCCUGAGGGCAUCGAAGUCAAACCUGAGGAGCGGCCCCCACCUUGCUGGAGGGCUGACCCCCGCCUGAGCCGCUCUCGGGAGGAUCAGUGCAACAGGAUGCUGACCACGGAGCUCUAUCAGAGUAAAAACGUCUCUUUGAUACAGCUCUUCCCUGAAGAACUCGAAACCCGAGAAAUGGUCGAGGCUGAGGGCCACCUUUUAUCUAAUAUGGCGCCUGUGAAGUCAGGAUACGGUGAUGCUCGCCAUGCCAUCAUCAAUGCCAUCAAACUUUGGACCACACAGAAACAGGACGUCAAUGUGAUCCAUGGCCCCGUGUUUGAUUACAACCUGGAUGGCAUUAGAGACUCAGUCAGUGGAGUAUUGAAUAAAAUCAAGCCUUUGGUGCCAAGCAAUUACUUCUACAUCGUAAGUUCCUGCAGUCAGAAUGAAACAGUUGCCAAGUGUCCUGGGGACAAAGUAGAUGUUUUGUCCUUCGUCUUUCCUAAUACAGAUUAUAAGGACAACUGUCACAUGACUGAUUCUGAGUAUCUUCACUACCAUCUGACGAACGUCAAGGACAUAGAGCUGCUCACUGGCCUACGCUUCUUCAGAGGUACAAAUCUGAACGUGACGGACAGCCUGAGGCUGAGAACGAUGCAGCCCAUCAAGCUGUGGCCUUUCAUGAAGUCUUCUCCGGACUCUUCGGGGAAUGAGUUUAGUCAUCGCACCGGGAAAUCGGAAAGUGUGCAAGUUGUUGAAACGUUAUAGUGACGACACAUAAUGCGUUAUCUUCAAUAUUAGUUAAGACGGUCAUAUGCUUAUACAAUUAAAUGCACUUGUUAUAUUUGCGAUGGUGAUUGUCUUAGCAAAAGAAUUCACUUUGGUUUUAGAUGGCCAAAUGUCACAUGAGUUUCUCUGAAUGCCGAAAGGCAAUCUUAGUGAUGCAUUUAAUAUGAAAAACAUUAUUAAGUGAGUAAAGCAUUUUGUGAACGCCACAAGCAAAUGUGUCAUCGUGAACGCUUGCAACACUUGAGCUCUAAAAAGGCUUUAAUAUGCCUUUUAAUAAGACAAUCUCAGAGAAAUACAGAAUAUGUAGAUGAUGGAGUUUUAGUUACUGAUAAAGCACCUUAUAUAAUAUAUUAUAUAUAU